AUGAGGAGAGCUCACCUCUGCUCUGCACUGAGCGUGGGAAGGGCACAAACCGACCCUCCACGGCCCACGCGCCUGGGCCCCGAGAUGCGCUGCAGCAGCUCUAAGGGGCAUCCAGCGCCAAACCCAACUUCGCAGCCGUGGCCCCCGGCGGCGGCGCCCCCCACUCCGUCCCUCCGUGCCUGCCUGCCUGCCUGCCUGCCUCUUGGGGACUCCCGGGGGCUGGCGAGGGGGCCGGGGCUGCCCUCCGCUUGCUCCACCUCCCCUCUCCCUACUUGGGGCUGCUGCCUCUGGCUCGCUGCCCGAGCCGCAGCCUCCGCCAGCCCGCCGUGCUCUCGCCAGCGGCCUGGGAGGGAGCGAAGGCAGCGCCCGGCGGCCGCCGCCAUGAAGGGACUGGGGCUGUUCUGCUGCUGCUGCUGCCUGGCCCCGCUCCUGCUCCUCGGCACCGCAGAACUGCAAGUUUCUGCCCCGGAUGGCACAGACGACGCUGCCAGCUUUGUGGAGGGCAGCUUGUGGCCAGGAGACCAAAGCCUCGUGGAGGAGAGGGUGCUUUAUGGAGAUGUUGCUGCCAUGCCUCCUGGGAUGGGCAUCCCCCUGCAGCCCCCCGGCAGUCACCAGGAGGAAGCUGCCGCCAUGGACACGCGGGGAAGGACGACCCUUGCCGAUGGCUCCACCAGGGCGGGUGCCGCUCCGGAUGUCCGUGAUGACCCCUCGGAAGCUGGCAGCCUAGAAGGAAAAGAAGUCCCCGCUGCCGGCCCAGAGGACGCCCCUGGCGGAAGGCAUGAUGUGGAUGGGCAAGAAGAAGGAGAAGAAGGUGGGCCCAUCCUGGUGGAAGAGGCUGAGCCACAGUCUGUGGGCAACACGGAAGAGGGGAUGCUGGCUGGUGAGGACGCCCCAGAGGAUAAGCAGGGCCACCUUGAGCGUGAUGGCCAAGAAGACUCGGUCCCUGGAGCAAGUGGAGAACCCGUUCAGAGCCUUCCCCGGCCCGUUGAUGCAAGAGAGAAGGAGGAAACGUCUCCUCAGGAGGAGAACAGCACACUUGCCACUGGCUUGGGCAAAGAACGUGGAGGCACCCUUGGGGAGGGGGAUGCCUUAAGCGAGGCCUCCCCAACAAGGGACACGUUGGAGGCACCGGACACCACCCAGCAGGGACCACAGGAGUCAGAGGGGCCACGGGAGCCUGGGGAGGCAGAGGAAGGGGGUAGUAGCCACAGAGAGGAAGAAGGAGCAGGGAGGAAAACAGAAGAUGGGCCUGAGCAGGUGGAGGCAGAGGAUUCCGACGAGGAAGAAGAGGCCACUGUGGCCAGGGCACCAGAUGCCAGCCCUGAUGAAGAAGGAGGCGAUUCCGAUGAAGAAGGAGGCGAUUCCGAUGAAGAAGGAGGCGAUUCUGAUGAAGAAGGAGGCGAUUCCAAUGAAGAAGAUGAUUCCGAUGAAGCUGAAGGAGAGGAUUCUGAUGAAAGUCAGGCCCUAUCAGAGGAAGACGACAAAGAUGAAGUAGCAGCAGCAGAGGAGGAGGCAAUCUUGGUCGAAGAAAAGAUUUCUCAGGCAGAAGAGCGGGGAAAAGAGGUUCCCCUGGAAGAGGGAGAGGGCCAUUCCAUUGCGCAAGGAGUAGAACAUGAGAAAGAGGGUGCUGGCUGGGGGGAAAGUGUGGACAAGGUGGAGUCAGAAGAGUCCCCCAACAGAGAUGGCAGCCCAGGAGAUGCUCACCUCCAUCGCCAAGAACGGGACCUGAGUGAAACAGACAUGGCCCCUGGCUCUCCCAGCAGUGGGGAUGAGGAGAGGCCUUCUGGACAAGCCCAGCCCGCCCUGGCUGCAGACACAGCAACCGAAGCAGCAGGUCACAGCCAUCCCCCAGCCCCCGAGGUCACUGGCCGGCUCAGCCAGAGAGAGGCUGUCUUUGCUCACCCUGCAGAUGAAGUGGAGGGCUCUGGGGAGCCCACCUCCAGAGACCGCUCCCACAUUGACAGCACCUUGAAGCUGAAGGAGGAAAAACCAGCAGACGACUACUCAGGCACGCUGCAGCGGCUGAGGAAGAUCUACCACACCUCCAUCAAGCCCUUGGAGCAGUCGUACAAGUACAAUGAACUACGGCAGCAUGAAAUCACAGCUUACCCUGGACGCACCUUGGGCUCUUCAGCCACAGAUGGAGAGAUUACUUCCAAGCCGAUGGUGCUGUUCCUGGGACCAUGGAGUGUUGGCAAAUCCACCAUGGUCAACUACCUCCUGGGGCUGGACAACACUCCAUACCAGCUCUACACAGGGGCUGAGCCAACCACCUCAGAGUUCACUGUCAUCAUGCACGGCCCCAAGCUCAAGACCAUUGAAGGCAUUGUGAUGGCUGCGGACAGCGCCCGCUCUUUCUCGCCUCUUGAGAAGUUUGGGCAGAACUUUCUGGAGAAGCUGAUAGGGAUCGAGGUCCCUCAUAAACUUUUGGAGAGAGUGACAUUUGUGGACACCCCUGGGAUCAUUGAAAACCGAAAGCAGCAGGAACGAGGCUACCCAUUCAAUGAUGUCUGCCAGUGGUUCAUCGACAGAGCUGACCUCAUCUUUGUUGUAUUUGACCCCACAAAGCUGGACGUGGGACUGGAACUAGAGAUGCUUUUCCGGCAGCUGAAGGGACGGGAAUCUCAGAUCAGGAUAAUUCUGAACAAAGCUGACAGCCUGGCCACACAAGAGCUCAUGCGAGUGUACGGGGCCUUGUUCUGGAGCCUGGCUCCACUGAUCAAUGUCACUGAGCCCCCCAGGGUCUACGUCAGCUCCUUCUGGCCCCUGGAAUACCAAGCUGACACCCACCGAGAACUCUUCUUGAAAGAAGAGAUCUCCCUCCUGGAAGAUCUGAACCAGGUGAUUGAGAACAGGCUGGAGAACAAGAUCGCCUUCAUCCGCCAACAUGCCAUCCGGGUUCGCAUCCAUGCGCUUUUAGUGGAUCGCUACUUGCAGACCUACAAGGAUAAAAUGACCUUCUUCAGUGACGGAGAGCUUGUGUUCAAGGACAUUGUAGAGGACCCAGACAAGUUCUACAUCUUUAAGUCAAUCCUAGCUAAGACCAAUGUCAGCAAGUUCGACCUCCCCAAUCGCGAAGCGUACAAGGACUUCUUUGGCAUCAACCCCAUUAACACCUUCAAGCUACUUGCUCAGCAGUGUUCCUACAUGGGGGGCUGCUUCCUGGAGAAGAUCGAGAGGGCCAUCACACGUGAGCUGCCGGAUCUCUUGGGCAGCAUUGGCCUGGGCAAGAAGCCCAGUGUCCUGUCCUGUGACACAACUGGCUGUGGCGAAACCCCAAAGAACCGUUACAAGAAACAUUAACAGGCAGGCUGUCCUCUGUAACCACUCCUGUGUUCCUGUUGAUGAAUGAGCUUAUGUCUUAUCUGUCCAAGAAGCCAAGGUUUGUUAACCCUUCGAGUGCCACACUGGCAAGAUCUAAUAUACACUGAGGACAUCAGAGUCAUCGGCGAUCCACGGCAGGGAAGUUGGGUGGGGUUAGGGAAGAGAAUAAAACACUGUGAAUUAUUAUCUAAUCUUUGUUAUUUUAAAUAGGAAGCCGUAUAUUGAGCUGUAAGUCAAAAGGAGGAACAUGUCUGCAGACACAGUCACCUGGCCCUCACCUAGGCUAAGCACACAGGGAGGAGGAAGGAAGGAAGGAAGCAUUGGAGUGCUGAGAAAUGGUGAAAGAGAUGAGACUUUUGACAUCAGGGGAGGCACAAACUAGACACAGUUCUUGCAGCACCUUGACUGCUGUACAUGGGAUUGAGGACCAUAAUGCUUGUUGCAUGUAUCCCACUGUUCUUUCUGGGACUCGCAGGUCACCAGCAUCUGCUCUUUAUGAGCAUGUCCUCAGCUGCAUCUUAGCAUUCUUCUGGGCAUCUGUUGUUCCUGCUCCAAAAUGAAAGGAUCCAGACUGCCUUUUAUCUGGAUUCUGCCCUGUCUGUAAAAACAAGGCAUUUCCCCAAUCCUUGGCUCAGAAAGGGCAGCCUGGCCUUUUGGGGGUCCUUUUGGGGAGUCAUGUUUGGGAUGGAGGGUGCUUUGUGUGUGUGCAUGGACACAGGAAUCUGCUGGUACAAGUCUAAAAUUGUCAGUCAUAGCACUUCUUUGGUUAGGAGUUGAUAUAUUAAGAGGCUGUGCCACAUGUUUGCUGGUAUCUGAGCUUCAAUAUUGCCUCCUGCCUUUAGCUGCUGCUGUUCUUUCAGGCUUCAUACUAUGGGUUAACGUGAGUUUUCUCUGUCCACAUUUUAUCUGCUUUCACAGUUCAUUUGUCUCCCUGUAUCCCACCAUGUAACUUUGUGGUGAGCUGUAAAUAGCUAUUUCUUAAGUUAGAACUGAUGUCACUUCCUUGUACAUGGCAAAGGAGAAGCAGCCCCACCCCGGGCAAUGCUGAGCAUGAACUGGAGACAUGAGGGGGCUUUUGCAAUGGGUAGUCAGUGGUAAAUGGGGAAGUCCAGGCCUUACACCAUGAUGGAGCACUUUCUGCCUGGAAAGGGGACCUGCGAGGAUUACAACUUCCAGACAGUUUGAAGGG